ACACAAAUAACAACUACAGCCCUGUGCGUGGUACAAAUAACGACUACAGCCCUGUGCGUGGUACCAAUAACGACUACAGCCCUGUGCGUGGUACCAAUAACGACUACAGCCCUGUGCGUGGUACCAGUAACGACUACAGCCAUGUGCGUGGUACCAAUAACAAUUACAGCCCUGUGCGUGGUACCAAUAACAAUUACAGCCCUGUGCGUGGCACCAAUAACAAUUACAGCCAUGUGCGUGGUACCAGUAACAAUUACAGCACUUUGCGUGGCACCAAUAACAAUUACAGCCAUGUAUGUGGUACCAAUAACAACUACAGCCCUGUGCGUGUCACCAGUAACGACUACAGCCCUGUGCGUGGCACCAAUAACAAUUACAGCCAUGUAUGUGGUACCAAUAACAACUACAGCCCUGUGCGUGGUACCAAUAACGACUACAGCCCUGUGCAUGGUACUAGUAACGAUUACAGCCCUGUGCGUGGCACCAAUAACGACAACAGGUUUGUGCGUGGUACCAGUAAUAAUUACAGCCAUGUGCGUGGUACCAAUAACGAUUACAGCCCUGUCCGUGGUACUAGUAACGAUUACAGCCCUGUCCGUGGUACUAGUAACGAUUACAGCCCUGUGCGUGGUACCAAUGACGACUACAGCCCUGUGCGUGGUACCAAUAACGAUUACAGCCCUGUCCGUGGUACUAGUAACGAUUACAGCCCUGUGCGUGGUACCAAUAACGACUACAGCCCUGUGA